AUGAUCCGCGGAGGGGAAAUCGGCAGAUCGAGCGGGGCAAAGCGGUUUGGGGAGCAAGUUUCAGCGCUGCAGAAUAUGAGAAUGCUUGAGCGAAAGGAAUCUGCAUGUGUAAUUUUCGUCACGGUCGUGGUCUCGUCAUCAGCGGCUCCCCAAGGCUAUCACCUGGAUACACCUUCAGGACCAAGCUUUGGAUUAAGAGGUUCAGGCUCCGGUCUUGGAACAGGAGGUUUUGGAGUAGGCUCAGGAUUUGGAAGAGGAGUUUCGGGGGUAGGGUUUGGAAGAGAAGGGUUAGCCUCAGGUUUUAGCUCAGGAGGAUGCGGGCCCGGAAGGGUGCUGCAUGUUGACGGCAGAUGCGUCACUCCACGCGUCAACCGCAAGGUUUACUUGUAUGACACGCCACCCGUACCAGUGUCCCAUGGUCCCCCACCAUACAUUCCAGAGCCAACCGUUGAGACAAACAUAUUGUUCAUCCGAGCACCAGAACAAGGACAAGGACCAGAUCCUAUUGUUAUACCUCCUCCUAGACAAGAACACGUCGUGUACGUUCUCAACAAAGAGUCGCCACAGCAACAGGAAGUGAUCGAACUCCCAGCUCCCCCAGCAAGCGAACCUGAAGUUUAUUUCGUGAACUACGGUGACGGUGAGAACCCGGUUCUUCCAAGCGGCGUUGAUCUCCAGACUGCCCUGAACGCUGCUUCCCAAGGUGGUGGUCAAGUGGUAGGAGGCGGUGCCGGAGGCGUUGUGGGAGGUUUCGGAAGCAGUGGAGGAAUCGGUGCAUUCGGAGGAAGUGGAGGAAUCGGAAGUGGAGGAAUCGGUGGUUUCGUGGGAGGUGGAGAAAACAGUGGAUUCGGAAGCAGUGCUUUCAACGGCGGUCUCGUGAGCGGUGGCAACAGCGGAGAAUUAGUCGUCAGUGUAGAAGGAUUUAGUGGAGGAUCCAGUGGCGCUUCCUCUCUUCCAAGUCUUUAUUCCGUGCCUUAA